AUGGCAGCCAGCGAGCCCCUACUAAAGGAUUGCACUCCCCACGCACAACAGCGGAACCUGCUGAAGGACUACUUUGACGAGAAAGAGCUCAAGUUUCGCCAUGUCUCGGCUGAACAGUUCGCCGAUGUGUGGAUUCGCUACGACCGCGAUGGUACGCAUAGAACUAUACUUCUCCAAUCUAACCUUCACCAUAAUGCUUUUGUGUUCCUCUUUGGGCGAGUAAUCUACAACACUUUAAUGCUUUACUUUUCUCUAGAAGUUUUCUAG